AUGCAUGCCAUCAGUUCAUCAGGAGACGCACCUCGCCGUUCCUCAUCGGCCUCCGAGAAGAGCCUCUCGUGUACGGUAUGUGCCGAUUCGGCCGAGGGAUUCCACUUUGGAGCUGUUGCCUGUGCUGCAUGUGGAGCUUUCUUUAGAAGAUCAGUAUCCGACCAAAAAGUGUACGCAUGUGCCCACCGCCGUUGCAAUGUUCGAUUCGACUCGGCGAAGCGAGGGGGUAUCUGCAGAUAUUGUCGAUUCGAGAAAUGUCUCUCCGUCGGAAUGUUGCCACAGGAAGUUCAAGCGAAGAGGGUGCGGAAAAGCGAAUCGGUCAGUUCGGCGGCUACCGCAUCACCCAGACCGCUCCCCCUGCCCCGUCGAAAAUCCACAACGGGCCAAUUGGAGGCCCUGGUGCAACUCCGCCGUGACGUGGCCGCAGCGCGUACGAGAAUAUACAGCGGACAGAGCCCCAGAUUCGGAUUCUCGAAUUGGAGACGAUACCUGGGGGUGGAAUGGCAAUUAUUCGUCUCUCAUCUCCUCCCAUCGGCCGCUUUUUCCCAAAUGACACGAGAAGCCUCUAUGAGCCGUAUCCGGGAGUUGUUCUUCCUGUUCGUGGUGUUCGAGAUGGCAUGUGCCACUUCAAUCUAUGGUGGUGUCCAAAUGGAUCGAUGUGCAUUCUAUGAUGGAAGUCAUGUCGAGCUGACCGACGAUUCGUUGAGAGGGUUCUUUGCUGAAGAUCCGGCCAACCAGGAUCCCGACUGUUUGACGAGACUUUCGGUGGAAUUCUUCGAUCUGAUUGUUCGUGUAUGCAGUCGGAAUCUGCAAGCAGCCCAUUUGGAUGAGAUGGAGACCGCCUAUCUGUUCUACGCAACGCUGGCACAUGGAGCCCUCCGCUCCCAACUGGACAGUACCCCAGCCACCCUUCACGCUGAAAUCGGUCUGUACUACGAGACAGUUGUUGUUCGGUUCGUGGGCAUCUCCGUGAGCCAGUUUCAC